AUGGUCGCCCAAGCUCUCGGGAUCGUCCAAGAUCUCAUGGUCGUCCAAGCUCUCAUGGUCGUCCAAGCUCUCAUGGUCGUCCAAGCUCUCGGGGUCGUCCAAGCUCUCAUGGUCGUCCUAGCUCUCAUGAUCGUCCAAGCUCUCAUGGUCGUCCAAGCUCUCAUGAGGACAACGUCCAGGGAAGCAAUGAAUCCAUCGGGUGUGAUGGGACGACUGCGCGUAGUGGGGUGGUGCAGGGAACCCUGCCGACGACCGCUGCUGGUCGUGCUGGGGGUCGUGCUGGGGGUCGUCGUCCUCUGCAUUCUCCGGCACCACCCAAUUUUCUGUUCCGGACCUGUGGCAGCCACACCAGCAGGAGAACACGAACCACAUGAUCAGGAGAACAAUGAACAUUCCUCACCUUCCCCGAAGGAGUGUCCGCCUUGCGCCACACCCCUGCGCCACACCCUCACGCCACACCAGGCUCCCACCCCUGGCCAGCAUGUCAGGGACGACCCGCAGCUGCCCGUAGUCUACAGGAGACGACUCGCCACGACCAUCCUCACUGUCCAGCGACAGCUUGAGCGCCACGCAGGUACGUAUGCCAUAGUGGAUGCUAAGUGGGCCCUGACGCUUGGGGCCCUUGUGGAGGAGCUGGACCCCAGGGUAGCGGCUCCUGCUGGGACCUCCACCAGGGACCACUCUGCCAGACUCCCGGACACUACACCCACUACAGUCUCUCGCAACAACACCCGGCACGUGUGUCCGGAGGUCUAUUAUGGCCGUUCCUAUGAUCAUCCCUUCCACCAACACGGCAUGGAGCCAGAGAAGUGCACCUCCGUAUCUCCCUUUGGUGAUGUUGUCACUGCCGUCCUGCCCGCUCUGUCUUGGCCGCCACCCACCACCCACUUUGUGAUCUCCCACAUCAGGAAACAUUAUAACAUUCCCAUUAUUGUGUUAGCAUCUAAGAAGUUAUCAACCGACAUAAAGCUUUAUAAUGUUAGUGUUGUAUAUCCUAAGAAGAGCAAGUCAGAGGCAUCAAGUCUUAAUUAUAUAAUGAAACUGGUGAAGACACCAUAUGUGUUCAUGGGGACAUCUCUGGCACACUUCAGCAAUCAGUCGUCCCUGGAGCGGCUGGUGCGGGUACUGGAUGACAUAGCCCAUGUGGCCGUAGCCGCGGGGGCCGCUAGGGACCUCCAGGGACGCUGGACCCACGGUUGCAUGCAGCAGCACAUGGCCAACUACCACGCCUCCUACACCAUGGGUUACUAUUACUCCAAGUAUGAGUGUAUGUACUGUGAUGACGUCUUGACUCCAUUUGUUACUAGUGCCAAGCUGGUCAAGAAAGUGGCUUUCACUGGUGGUCUUAACGGCCCAGCCAUUUACCGUGACUGGUUUGUCAAGGUGCGUGAAGAGGGCCACUUAAUCAUGGUGUGUCCAGACGUGAUGUUCUUCCUCACUAACCACGUCACCAUGGCCAGUAAAGAUUGGCUGCCUGUGGCACGUCGCUGGGUUCUACAGAAGGUUCUGUCUUACACUGGAGAAAGUUUUAAUUUUACCUGCAAAAACAUCAACAUCAGUUGCAAUAACAUUCUGGCAAUUACAAAAUCCUUUCUUCUCCCUCCCUGUUGCAUUAAAAUGGCUGUGACACAACUAAAUAUGGUGAUUGAUGUUUCAGAGAAAAAUGGAUUGGAGUAUGAGUUGCAGUCUGGGUCUGCACUCGGUGCCGUCAAAUUCGGUUCGUAUCUCCCGUGGGACACAGACCACGAUAUAUACAUUGAGUGCAAGGACUUCAAUAUUUGGUACCGGAAACUUGGCCCAGUUGCAAGAGCUAAGAACUGCACACAGAAAAUCAAGUACAAAAAUGUUUUUUUGAAGAUUGUGUGUCCUUCAUUCACUCUGGAUAUUUACUGUCGGGAAAGGUUGAGUCGGAUGUUCCUCCCAGACGAGUACGUGGAUACCCCAACCUCUGUCUGGUACUCUGGUCGCUGGGCCAAAGUGGUCGCUAAUCCUGGUCUUUUCAGCAGGAAUUACAUUGGUUUCGAGGACCUGAAACACCAGCAGCACUCGACCCACUGGAAGGGUUCUGUUGGCAGUGUCCAUGCCGGGUCGUGGCUGCCUUGUAGUAGUCCCCAACACCACUCCUGUCUUGACCGCUUCCCCGCCGACGGUAGCAUCCCAUUUGUGUAAAUAAAUAAAAAGGUUAAUAUUCUCGUCAUAAAUCAAAUCAAAUUAUAUGUGAGUGAAGUGUAAACAGAGGCUCCCACAAUCUCCACUUCAGCAGUAGAAUAGACCAAAGUGUCAGACUACGUCACAGAGUAGGGUGAAGCUGGAAGUGCAGUUGUUGUAACAGGGAGAGAUGGUUCCUUCUCCCAUGAGUGUGGAGCGUGUCUCAGUAACUGGGCCUUCACUCUUCAAACAGAAUUG